UGGAGGCAGAUAAAAAUCCAUCACGGACAGGGAGAAGAUACUUAGAGGGACUUGACUCUCCUCUUAGUGUGCUCCACUGCUCUGCCAAACCUCUCUCUCUCUCUCUCUGCUCCCCCUUUUCUCUGUGAAUCCUUCCCUUUCAGAGGAAACAAGACCAGCCAUGUCGUCCAUGAGAAGUGUGAGCAUGAAAACUGUCAGGUCCAGCUAUGGUGGAGGCGGUGGUGGAGGCGGUGGUAGUUUUGGCGGUGGUAGUUUUGGCGGUGGUAAUUUUGGCGGUGGUAACCGUGGAGGAGGAGGAUCAUUUUCGACAAAAUCUGCCAUUCUGCUCAGGCCGUCACACUCUGUGGCAUCCAGUACUGCAGGUGGCUCAAUGCUUAGGUUAAGCAUGGGCGGUGGUGGUGGUGCUUAUGGUGGUGGCAGUGCUUUCGGUGGUGGUGCUUAUGGUGGUGGCGGCGGUGGUGGCGGCGGUGGUGGCGGCGGUGGUGGUUUCGGUGGUGGUUUCGGUGGUGCUUUUGGUGGUGGUUUCGGUGGUGGUGCUGGAGGUUUGGUAGGGCUUCCAAUCACAAACGUCCAGGUCAACCCUAGCCUGCUGGCCCCCCUGAACAUUGACAUCGACCCCAACAUCCAGACUGUCCGUACCCAAGAGAAAGAGCAGAUCAAGACUCUAAACAACCGCUUUGCUAGCUUCAUUGACAAGGUUCGCUUCCUGGAGCAGCAGAACAAAAUGCUGGAGACCAAGUGGAGCUUACUGCAGGACCAGACCACCACCCGCUCAAACAUCGAUGCCAUGUUUGAGGCCUACAUUGCCAACCUGCGCAGACAGCUGGAUGGGCUCGGCAAUGAGAAAAUCAAGCUGGAGGGAGAGCUGAGGAACAUGCAGGGACUGGUGGAGGACUUCAAGAACAAAUAUGAAGAUGAAAUCAACAAGCGUGCUGGUGUGGAGAAUGAGUUUGUGCUCCUCAAGAAGGAUGUAGAUGGUGCGUACAUGAACAAGGUUGAGCUGGAGGCCAAGGUUGAUGCCCUUCAGGAUGAGAUUAACUUCCUUAGAGCUGUCUAUGAGGCAGAACUGCGUGAGCUCCAGGGACAGAUCAAGGACACCUCAGUUAUUGUGGAGAUGGACAACAGCCGCAACCUGGACAUGGACGCCAUUGUGGCUGAAGUCAAGGCUCAGUAUGAGGACAUCGCCAAACGCAGCCGUGCUGAUGCUGAAUCAUGGUAUCAGCAGAAGUUCCAGGAGAUGCAGACCAAUGCAGGCCAGGCUGGAGAUGACCUUCGCAACACCAAGAGUGAGAUUGCUGAACUCAACCGCAUGAUUAGCCGCCUCCAGAAUGAGAUUGAGGCAGUCAAGGGACAGCGUGCUAACCUGGAGGCCCAGAUAGCUGAGGCUGAGGAGCGCGGUGAGCUGGCUGUGAAGGAUGCCAAGGCCCGUAUCAAGGACCUGGAGGAAGCCCUGCAGAGAGCCAAACAGGACAUGGCCCGCCAGGUCCGCGAGUACCAGGAGCUUAUGAAUGUCAAGCUGGCUCUGGACAUUGAGAUUGCCACCUACAAGAAGCUUCUGGAAGGAGAGGAAUCCAGAAUUGCCUCUGGUGGUGGAUCUACAACCAUCCACGUACAGAGCUCAAGCAGCAGCUACGGUGGCGGAGCAGGAGGCGGCAUGGGCGGCGGCAUGGGCGGCGGCAUGGGCGGCGGCUAUGGCGGCGGCUAUGGCGGAGGCUAUGGCGGCGGCAUGGGCGGAGGCUAUGGCGGCGGCAUGGGCGGCGGCAUGGGCGGCGGCAUGGGCAGCAGCUAUGGCGGCAUGAGCAGCAUAAGCAUGACCGGUGGCGGCGGCGGCGGCAGCAUUAGCACAAAAAGUGGCAGCAGCCUCCUCACAUCUCGGCGUUUCUAAAAUCAGCAGGUGUCUUUCUCUCCAUUCUUCUUCUCUCAUUCUCCUCCGCUUGUCCCUCCACUCUCCCCGGCAACCAUUCAUAAAAGCGUCCAUAAACUCCUCCACCUCUCUCCCUGCAGACACAGCAGCCUCAGAUACAUUUGCAUUUGACCAUUUACAGCUGGCAGAUCCAUGUAAUGGUGCAGUUGUCUUUGGCAUUUAGUUCCUGUGUUGCCACUCCCUCUUUGGCACCACAUACCUACAGAGUCAGAUAUUAUAUCAGAGGCAGAAAGAUUAUUAGACCAAAAACAAAUAGCAGCAGAGAUGUGAGUCAGUCCUUUCUUCCUUUGAUCAGUCAUCCUGGCUGUCUUUUGGUUGCUGGAUGUGCUGUCGUGCAGACAAGAGGAUACUUGUAGUGUCAUGACAGAGAACCCUUACAAAGCAACAAGCAUUGCACACAAAAUGAAACAGUAGUUCUUAGAUUUGCACAGAAGGAGGCCCAGAUGUUGUGGUUGGUCUUGAAUUUAUAAAGCAUACGUGGCAGGCACCCAUGUAGUGUCACACCAAUAACUCUUUUGUAAUGUCUCUUCUGUUAUCUCACAUCUGUCAUCUUGUUGUGCAUUUUGACUUCAUCAGAAGCAGCCACAUAUAACACUUUCAUAUUAGAUUUUUUGGAUCAUCUUUUUCUGCUCCUGUUCUGAGAGAAAAUGAGCUCUCCACUACAGUAUAUGUUUUGAUCCUGCUUUACUUCCAUUUCCACUCUGAAUAAAAAAGAAACAUGGAUAAGGCUGACUGGGACAACCAGAUUUAUUGUGAAUUUGUACCACCAAAAUGUCUGGAAUAAAUCUGAUUUCAUAUUCA